AUGCUUCUCACUACGAACCCCCUCCUCCAAGGUCUCACACGUCUUCGAGCGCAAAAGCUCGUCAAUUACAUCUCCGCCCGUCUACGACACUGCGCAACUCACCUCACGGAUCGUGCAGAGGACAUCGACCGUGUUCCCGGGCUGUUUGCAGCCUGUUGGCACCAGUUCAAACUCGAUUUCAACCACGGGCUCCUCGUCUAUGCGUUGGUGUCCCUCCAAUAUCCCGAGACCAUAUCUGCACCCGCAUUCCUCAAAAGUCUCCAUCGUCUGCUUGUGGAGGGAGGUAUUGAUUCCUGCGACGCCGUGAAAAGAGAAGCUAACCGACACGAUCCACCCUACGAUGAUUUCGGCGUGCCCACCAGCACUGCAUGGUGGGUUGACAUCACUGGUAACUCACCUCCCGAUACCACACCCCCCAAUUUCCCUAUCACCCACAUCAUCGACGCCUUCAAUCGCGAGCCUGACGAUGCUUGGCCCCCAUGGCACCUCCCUGUCAUUGUCCCUCAAGGAUGGGAUUCGACCAAAGCUCGUCCCCUCGCACAAUCGUUCGAAGACCUGGAAAAGCGUCUCCUGACCGCCGAGACCGAGUUGCGAAGCGCCAUGGAGGCCAUCGACGUCUUCAGAGACUCUGAUGGCACGGAGGUACAAGCCUGCUCUCAGGCCAUCGCGGAGUCUGACGAGGUGCCCCAGUCUGACCUCAUGGACGUGCGACACUCUGACGAUCUGGAGGGGUCCGAGUCUGACCCCAUGGACCACACUACCGCGGCUCUCGAUCGUUUGGAGGCUUAG